AUGGAGUUGAUCGAGGAGGCCCGCGAGGAGGUUCUCGGGGCCGCCCGCGCCUGCAUCGGACGCAGAUCAAACCCCUCCCCCCAUCGCACCCCUCCUCCCUCCUCCCAAUCUCCUCGCUGCCGCCGCCACCUCCUCCCCGUCCCGGCCCCUCCCGAUCCACCUCCUCCCCGUCCUCUCCCACCCACCGCCGACCUCGCCGUCCUCCUCGACCACGCCUCGCCGGAGAGAGAGAGAGGCGUCGCCCCCAGCGACUACGGCUGUUCCCCCUCCUCCCUCCUCCUUCGCGCCUCACCCGCGCCGCGCCGCCCCGGCGCGCUGCUGCUAUUUAUUCCCUCCAAAUCGCCAUUGCCCACAGCAGCAAGGAAUCAAGAUCCAAUCCCGUCCCCUCCCAUCCAAUCCUCCCCCGCGGCAACAGAGAUCCAGCCAGAUCCGCCUAGUUCCAUGGCGACCGCCGGCAACGCCCCCGCUCCCGCAAGCGCAUCGAGGCCAUCGUCCUCAAGCACGCGCGCGACGGAAGUGCCUUCACCAGCUGCGAGGUGUGCAACAAGGACGUAGCCAUCGUCCUCAUCGACCUGCACAGCUGCAGCCUCCACUCCAAGAUACGCCUCAGCCUCGGUGCAUCUCAGAUCCUCACCUAUUCCAAUGCAUCUUCGGUUUGGGCGGCCGGGCGGCAUGAGAAGAUCUGUUUGUUGCCUCACAGGACCAUGAGCCGGAGGCUGGAGCAGAUCUGGAGUUUAAUUUUUCAUAGUCCGGUUGUAAUAAUUUUCAACUUAUAGUCGGGUUGCUCUGCUCUCAGUCACUUUGUAGUUUUGUGAAUGUUCUCAUGUUGAUUCUAUCUUCCACCUGGCUCAAACAUUAGAGCAGCCUACUCGUUUUUAGGAGGAGUGGUAGUAUUUGUUAGUUUUUCUUGGAGGACAGUAAGAUCAUGCUUUGAUCUUGUAUGCUACUAUGGUUAUUUUGUAGCUAGUAUUUGCCAAAGGUUGGAGGUCAACGGUUGUCACAAGCCUACAAGAGAAUAUAUUGACAGAGAGUGUAAUGGUGUAAAGCCACCCAAUAA